AAGAACAUAGCGAAGUCGUUAAGCGUUGUGGGAGAGUUUGGCUAAAUAGUUUAAUAGUUAGUUGCAACUGAGAGAGCAUUUUAAUGUUUAUGUGCCCUCUUCUUCAAUAUAAUUGAAUAUCCACCUACACCGUGAAUAUAUAACAACGAGAAGACAGAAUGAGUGCCAGUUUGUCUGACAUCAGUGAGAACACCAAGAUGGGGCGUGAGAGUGCGUUGCUAGGCAACUAUGAAACCUCCCUGGUGUACUAUCAGGGUGUGAUCCAGCAGAUACAGCGCCUGGUACAGACUAUUAAGGAUUCAGUGCGGAAAGAGAAAUGGCAACAGGUUCGUCAGGAGAUCGCCCAGGAGUACGAACAAGUCAAAGACAUCAGUAGUACAUUGUCAAGUUUUAAGACUGAAAAUUCCAACUUUAAUGCAAAUUAUGGAGAAUUUUCUCCCCAUGAUUAUCCGAGACAUGAAGAACCAACAAGAGAUCCUGAUGUGUGGCCGCCACCAACUCCAGUUGAACACAGACCAACGCCUCAAAUAAGAGGUCGUGAAAAGGCUGCGCCGAGGAGAGCUGAGCCAAGUCGAGGUCGAGCUGCCCCAUCCAGACCGAGUUCAGACCGGCGGAAAGGCCCUUCGUAUGGAGGUGUUGACAAGGGGAAGGAGCCGGUUAGAGACAAGGGAAGAGAGAAGAAAAACAAGCAUGAUGAAGAAUCUGAAAAGAAAUUUGACUCAAGUGGAUAUGAUAAGGAUUUGGUGGAGCAUCUUGAGAGAGAUAUUCUACAGAAAAAUCCAAAUGUCCAUUGGGGCGACAUCGCAGACUUGGUUGAGGCGAAGAAGUUACUUGAAGAAGCAGUUGUUUUGCCUCUGAUUGUGCCUGAUUUCUUCAAGGGGAUUCGGAGGCCAUGGAAGGGCGUUCUGAUGGUUGGCCCGCCUGGUACUGGGAAAACAAUGCUAGCUAAAGCAGUGGCCAGUGAAUGUGGGACUACAUUCUUUAAUGUUUCAUCAUCAAGUCUUACCUCCAAGUAUCAUGGAGAGUCUGAAAAGUUAGUGCGACUACUUUUCGAAAUGGCUCGGUUCUAUGCUCCAAGUACCAUCUUCGUUGAUGAAAUUGAUUCAAUCUGCUCCAAACGAGGCUCUGACUCCGAACAUGAAGCUAGUCGGAGAGUCAAGUCAGAACUGUUGGUGCAGAUGGAUGGUGUUGGUGGUGUUUGUGGUGAGGAUCCCUCCAAGACGGUGAUGGUACUAGCCGCAACCAACUUCCCCUGGGACCUGGACGAAGCAUUGAGGAGGAGGCUGGAGAAGAGGAUAUACAUUCCACUUCCUACAGCUGAAGGUCGUGUCGAGCUGUUGAAGAUUAACCUGAGGGAGGUAGAGGUGGCUGAGGAUGCUAAUUUGCCCGGCGUAGCUGCAAAACUGGACGGCUACUCUGGUGCUGACAUUACGAAUGUGUGCAGAGAUGCUGCGAUGAUGUCAUUCCGAAGAAGAAUUGAAGGACUGCGACCAGAACAGAUUCGAAACAUUCCGAAAGAUGAGCUGAUCCAGCCGACUACAAUGGAAGACUUCGAGAACGCAAUUCAUAGAGUCAACAAGAGUGUUUCUAAAGAAGACCUGGAGCGAUACGAAAAGUGGAUGAAAGAAUUUGGAUCUGUGUAAAAUAGAAGUCUUCAGUGGUUGACUGUCUUAAGGCUGUAUCAACAACAAACACUAUUUACUUGUAUACUCACCAUCAAAAGAAACACAAACUGUAGGAACAUGUAGAGAAGUAUGUGAGUUAAGAAGAGAUGUUUCCAACAUGUAACAAUUAUUGACAGAAAUAACAGUCAGUCAAAUGUUACCAGAGAGUGUCGGUAUUCUUAUCACAAUAUGCUGCUUGUGAUUUCCAGACUUUACAAGCUAAUCCUGCACGAGACAAAUGAUGCAUCUCGAGUCAUGGAUCUAUGACAUCAUAUGUGAUGCAUUAAUGAGCAUCAGUUCACACAACAGACAGUUUGUUUGUGCAUCGAACCAAUCUAAUCCCUCUUGAAUAUGAGUAAUUUUUCAUAUAAUAACCAACAUGUCUGGUAUUUGUGUUUCUUUUGGUAGUGAGUAUAGAUACCAUGUAAAAUAAUAUGAAAGCAGAUAUAUGGAUUAUUUUUGUGUUAAUGGUAAAAGUGUUUGCUGUCUCCCUGAAGAUUGUGGUUUGAUUUCACAUACUGUACAGUUUUUGAAGCAGACACUAGUGUACCUCUAUAGAAGUGCAUUAAGACACAAGUGUCAAUAGCACAUUCCCAGUCAAGAUCUGUCACACAGGAGUUUUGGUCAGGACACAUUCUUGUGAUCUGCCAUGUCUGUAAUCUUGCAAUGCUCAAAGGUUUUUGUCACAUGUAUGGAUACCUACAUGUAAUACGGUAUCUUCGUAUCAAUCAUCAUUCACACAAAAUGGGUUUUACCUUGAAAAGUCAAGCAACAUCCAUUCUUUCUUUAAGUGAGUGAGUGAGUAUGGUUUUACACCGCUUUUUUUUAGCAAUAUUCCAGCAAUAUCACGGCGGGGGACACCAGAAAUUGGCUUCACACAUUGUACCCAUGUCGGGAAUCGAACCCGGGUCUUCGGCGUGACGAGCGUACUCUUUAACCACUAGGCUACCCGACCGCCCCUCUUUCUUUAAGAAAUGAUAUUCAUUAAGGAGACAAUUCAUGAUUGAGAUGUUUGAAUUUAUUGGCAUGAAGCAGGAGCAUGCUUUCUGUCUGUUGCAUAGUUUGCUCCAUAGUUUCUGGUUAUGGAUUUGGUUCAGGGUGAACAUGGUGUCAAACUCUAUCCACGAUUAUUCAGUUUAUUAUGAUAAUAGGAAUCCAUUUGAUUGUGAUAGAUACCCGGGACCAGUUUCCUACCAAACCUUGAUUCCUGUGACAUGAUGCACUCAUGAGGGAGACAAAUUCUUUUCUCAUUGAAAAGAGAUGGAGAUGGUUACAUCUUUUCAGAAACGCAACUUUUGUUAUGAAUGGGUCCAGGGUAUUCAUCAUAAUAACAUGGAGUGUUUGUUUGUUGUUUAAUGCCUCACUCACCAAUAUUCCAGGUAUAUGGUGGUGUUCUGUAAACAAUUGAGUCUGGACCAGACAAUCCAGUGAUUGCCAAUAUUAGCACAUCAAUCAAGUCAGCGAGCCUGACCACCCGAUACCAUUAGAAUGCUUCUUACAGCAAGCAUGGGUUGCUGAAGACUAAUUCUAACCUGGAUCUAUAUGUAUAGGCUGUGUGAUUGAGCUUGACAAGUCUGAUCACACAGGUCACAUUUCAAGUAUUUCUAGCAGGAAGUACAGUGCUUCAAAGAAAGCAUGUUGCUAUAUGUCUUGGCCCCUAAGCCAUGGUGAACAUAUGGUCUGUCAGCACCUGUGCUUGCCGGCUUCAUCGAAGCUGUAAAUGUCUACCACUUGUGUACUCACACAUGUAGCUGACACACUUUGCUACUUCUGUAAUAUUGAUUAAAUCAGCCUCAAACCCAAUUACUCACCAUAGGAAUGCCUUAUCUGCGUAUGCACCAAAUUACGCCAAUAUAUAUUUGAAGACGAAGAAAUGGCAGUUGUUGUAAAAUUACUCUUUUGUGGGAAUGCUUGAUGUAAAUAUUGUUAAAUCUUUCUAGAUACUUUCAGCAGAUAUGGCAUUAAAACCUUGGCUUGAUGACAAAACAAGACAUGUUUAUAUGAAAUAUAUUAUAUUUGUAUAUUGGCUAGUUUCUUUAUGAAUCCUCACAAAUAUUAUGGUCAUUGACUGAUAAUACUGCUGUAUCUGAUAAAUUAAACACUGUCACAGAA